GAAACUUUUUCAACAAUAAUUACGAGGAAUAUCUUUUAAGACUUUUCCUCCGGAAAUAAAUUUGAAUUAUUAUUUUCAAUCCCAUUUUUUGUGCCAAAUAAAAUUGUGAUCAGUGCAGGAAAACGUCAACUAAGUAAUAGAAAGGGGUAUUGCAAUUUGCUCUAUGAGAAACAGACAUGAUAUGACCUUCCCGUUGAAAAUGCCUGCAGUCUACCUUACUGAUUUUAUUCGUGUUUUUACUACAUGAAUUAACUAAAAAAGUCCCUCCACUCAUCCAGUUGUACUUAAAUUGUUGAAAUCUUAUCCAUCUCACUUAAUUUGAAUCCUUCGGUCUUGAAAUGUUCAUGUUUUCUGGCAUUAGUUUUUUUUUCAAUCAUCGCAAUAUAAUUAAUCUUAACUACAUCAUAUUUCUAAUCAAAACCAACGCCUUUAUUUAUCUUUCUUUUCUUACAGAGAGAAUAAAUUAUAGAAGAGAUAUUUCAUUUAGAGGUAUGUUUUUUCUUAAAAACGUAUAAUACAAAAUUUAAAUAUAAAAAAAGAAAUUUCAUCAGGUCAUCUUUAAAAUAACGUUUCUUUUCCCUCUCCCGACUAAUGGUAAAUUAUUGGGUCAAUGGGUACAUGGAGAUGGGCAAUUCAUUUUUUCCCGGAAAUUUCACUAUAUUUGUUGGCGGAAUAAGACAAUUCAAAAGGAAAACAAAAUAUCCUGUCCUAGAAUGUAAAAAAAAAACGUUUUAAGCCGGCCAGUUCUAGUAAGUCAGUUGGGAGAGCGCAGCCAAAUAUUUUGAAAGAUAUCUCAUUACUCGUAUCGUUCUUUAAUACAUGACCUUAUAUUCUCUAUUUGCUUGUAGAAAUUCAAAGCAUUCAGACGCCAUGUUUGGUCUGUUUUGCCUUUCUGUUUUAUUUGCAACAUCUUUCAAAGUGGAAUCUCUGGAAUGUUCGUCAGACCAAAGAUGUAGAUGUCAAAACUAUCAAGGACAACUGUGGGCAAAUUGUGAGAACCUUAAUCUAACAACGACACCGUCUUUCAACAAUAACGUCACAGGAAUAAAUCUUGCAAGAAACAGUCUUUCAACAUUUCCAGAAAGUCUUCCUAGGGGAAUACAGUAUCUAGAUUUAUCUGAAAACAUACUGCAAAAAAUGGAUACAGUGUCAUUGGGCAACUAUAAAAACUUGAGAAAUAUAAGUGUUUCUAGCAAUAAACUUAGGUCUAUUGAGCUCGGUGCUUUUGAGAACUCCCCAAACAUUCUACAUCUUGAUAUUUCAAAUAAUCAGGAAUUAACUAUAGAAGUUAUUGUUAAUGUAUCGAGUGACUUACGAAAUUCUACUUCAAUUCGAGUUCUAAAUUUUGAAAAAUUACAAUGCACCUACGGUGUCAGUUUCAAUCUCAUGAAAUAUCAUACUGUUUUUCUCAGGCACACAAAACUAGACGAACUGAAUUUGGCGUCAAAUCGCAUCAACAGUCUUGAAACAGGAGUUAUAACAGAAUUACCAAAGUCUCUCAAACAUCUAAAUUUGGCGAAUAACAUUCUGAGUUUUGGAUUUUAUUUGGCGGAGUUUGGCGAUUUGCCAAAUGUAGUCAGCAUAAAUGUGAGUUUUCAAGCUUCUUUCCGUCAAGUGCUAACAACAGAAUUUUUGAUAAACUGUAAUGAUACCAGAGCAGUCGGCAAAAGGCUUACAGAACCAAAUGAUAUUUUGACUAAGAGCCCUAAAUUAUCAUUAUCCUUGAAAAGAAAAUACAAUAUUAGUAUAUUUUGGCCACGAAAUCUUAAAAUCCUUUAUUUCCAUGACAAUUUGUACAAAUUUACCCUACAGGAUUAUGUUUUCAAGACGGCUCACAUGUUGACACGUAUCUACAUGCAAAAUAAUAUCAUUUACGAAUUGAACGGUCCUAUAAUUGGAUUCGAAAGUGUGGAAUAUAUAGAUUUCUCUAAUAAUUUCUGCAGUUAUAUCUCACCGAAUUUCUUUCAGUAUUUUAGAAAUUUAUCUUAUCUCAACCUCUCUCAUAAUGCAUUGGGUGAAAAUUUAGAAAUGGAUGAGAAUGGAGAAAUUUUUCAAUAUCUUCGUAUGUUGACCACUUUGGAUUUAACUAGGAACAGAAUUGUUUCUCUUCCGGAUAAAAUUUUCCGUAAUCUGAAUAAAUUGGAAAAUCUUAAUGUAAGCUAUAAUUCUUUGAAUAAGUUUUCGAUACCUAUAAAUCAUAUGACAAAUCUAUCAAAUUUAGACCUCUCAAAUAAUCAGUUAUCAUAUUUGAAUACGGAAACAAGAAAGGCAUUAGAUUCAGUUUCACAAAGAAGAGAAAUCUCUGUGAAUUUGAAAGGUAACAGAUUAAGAUGCAAUUGUGAAAACUUGGAAUUUAUAAAGUGGAUGGAGUUUUCAAAAAAUAUCAAAUUUCUGUAUUUCCAUAACUAUUCUUGUGUUUUCUUAAAUUCAUCAAACAUCCAUUUUUCUGACAUUGAAAAUCUACUUCAAACUUUGGAGAAACAAUGUUUUUCUUAUACUCUUCUUAUCGUGAUUAUGACGUCAUUAAUAAUCGUUGCCUUGACAACCACUCUCAGUCGCAUUCUUUAUAGAUAUAGGUGGAAAUUAAGAUAUAUGUAUUAUGUUGCAAGGGAAAAGUACAAAGACGAUGAACUACGUAACCGGAAAUAUCAUGGAAAAGAGUAUCACUUUGAUGCCUUUGUGUCGUAUGCUGAAAGUGACCGACAGUUCGUUAUUUCCUUAGUGAAGUUCCUCGAAGAUAAAAGCGACUUGAGGCUGUGUAUACAUCAUCGGGAUUUCAUCCCAGGGACAGGAAUUGAAGAUAACAUCACAAACGCCAUUCAUAACAGCAGACAAACUGUUUGUAUUAUGACGUCACAGUUUUUAGAAUCAUACUGGUGUAUGUUUGAACUGAACAUGGCUCGCAUGGAAUCUAUAUAUUCCCGAAAUGGUGAAAAUGUUCUUUUUCUUGUGGCUCUCGAGGAAAGUGCAAUGAAGAAAUUACCACUUUCUUUAAUGGACCUGAUAGAAUCAAAAUCAUAUUUAGAAUUCCCGGAGGGAGGGGACGUGGAGGAAGUAACAGCCUUCAGAUCGAACUUAAAGAGACACCUAAAUCGUAGGACAAUGGCUUCAGACACUUAAAUGAUUCGAGGUUAAGAUAACGAACAGCAAUCGAUCUAAUAAUCUUUCCAAACCUAUUAGUAGCAUCUGUUCCAAAACAACAUACACUAUCAUAGUUAUGCUGGUGAUUCUAAAGCUUACUUUGUCUUUUAACCUAGGGACAUGUGGAAUAACACUGUUUUGAGACUUUUGAGACACUGAAUGUGCACCAAAACGCUGAAACUAAACGAGAAUAAAACAGAUUUUAUAGUUUUUAAUCCUAUACAUCAAAUAAAAGAAUCUCCAUUGUAUCAUCUGAACUUUAGUUGCACCGGCAUUAGUGAGACAAGCAGCGUAAAGUACCUCGGUGUAUGGUUUGAUAGGUAUCUCAGCAUUCAAAAGCAAAAUACGUCCAUUCCUCGUGCAUGCUACUUCAAUCUAAGGAACAAUGGUAGAACACGACCGAUGAUUACAGAGAAUGCUUGCAAGAUCAUAGUCUGUGCACUUGUGGCCUCCAGGCUCGACUAUGCUAAUGAUUCACUUUAUGGCACAAAUGAAACCGAUCUAGCCAAACAGCAAUGAAUAUAGCGGCACGUUGUAUUACCCGUACCCGUACCCGUAUUACCCGUACCAAGAGGAUGGAGAACAUUAUUUUUUAUUCUUUAUUUUUCUCGAGAAUUUAUUAUCGCGAAAUGACAACAUCAAAGCGCGAGAAUAAUUUUUCUUAAAUGGAAGGUUGAUCAAUAGAAUUUACAUUGAUUUCAGCACAAAAAAAAAAAUAGAGCAAGUAAUUUGAUUUUGCAAGCGAUGCUUCUCGCGAAAUUGCACGAUAAUUAAUUCCUUGCGUAUAUAAUUAAGAAUUUACAGUACUAUCAUUCUCAAGCCUUUGCAUUGGCUACCAGUUGUUAAACACGUCCAAUACAAAAUUCUUCUUUAUACAUACAAAGUUAAUUAGAACAUGGCACCGAGAUACAUUGAAAACCUCACCAACAUCUAUCGACCUGGACGUUCCCUAAGAUCAACAAGCCAUCAGACACUGCUAAGACCGUAAAACCGAACUUCUAUUAAA